AUGGGCGACGGCUCUGACUAUCCUAGUCCAAGAAGUGAGGGUCCUAACGGAGCUCUUGCUGCUUCCAUCCUUGCCUCUGCCUCUGAACAAUCUCCUCCAUCCGCCAGAAUGUCUACCCACCACAGAUCAAACGACUACGCAAUUGCCAAAGUACACAACGAAGGGGGCAUGAGCUACCUCGACGCCACGCGCCCACGUCUCUCUGUCCGACGCGCUCGCGAUCCCCCCAAAAACUCCGAGGGUCAGAUCUUUUGCGACCACCUCGAUUGUCAAGCUGCUCCCCCGACGUUCCGCCGUCCUUGUGAAUGGAAUAAACACAUGGACAAGCACGAUCGCCCCUACAAAUGUUAUGAGCCUAACUGCGACAAGAUUCAAGGCUUCACAUACUCCGGCGGCUUACUACGUCACCAGCGCGAGGUGCACAAGAAGAACACCGAUGCCAAGAAGGCCUUGAUGUGCCCAUACAACGAUUGCAACCGCAGCACUGGCAAUGGAUUCACACGCCAGGAGAACCUGCGCGAGCAUCUUCGCCGCCGCCACAUGCACAGUGACGAAAACGCCCCGCUUGUCGUGGACAUGCCUUGGGACCGCGCAACAGAGCUGGAGGGCGUCGAGGGUGUCGAGGGUGUCCGUGCCCCAUCUCUCCCUGUGACUGGUAUGAAGCGCCGACACGAUUCUCACGACGGUAAUCUUCCCGAGACGGACGAGAACGGCACCGAUCUCCACCAUGAAGUGAAGCGCCUGCGCCGUGAGGUCGAAGAGAAGGAUCGCCGCCUGGAGGAGCUGGAGCGAAUCGUUGCCGGCCUUCAGCAGGCUAUCCCCCAGCAGCCCCCGACUGAGCCCGACCUGCAGCCUCUUUCUCAGCCUCUUUCUCAGCCCACUCCUCAGGCCGCCCCUCCUGUCUAA